AUGUUUGAUAAGAUAUGGACAUGAAAUGUCGAAUCCCCUCCCUAGUUUGUUAAUUUCUUUCUUCAUUUGAAAUGUUCCAAUGGUCAAACUCAGUAUGACUGGGUCAAACACUGUGUACCUGUGUGCGCAAUUAAUACUGACAAGUUUGUAUGUUUUGGAAGCGAAUGUCCUCAGAAAAACGAGAAGUGGCUUACAGUGCUACUCGUGCAGUAAUAUGACCGAUGCCGACGGCUGCACUAAAGUCCUAACAUGUGACCCGGGGCAGUUGUGUAUUGUGCGUAGAACUGGUUUAGAUACAACCAACCGUCAUUUGUUCGAAGCAUCGUGCGACACUUCCAUGGCCUGCGUAAGUCCGCAGAUGGUUGGAAAAAGGGAUUCGGACUGUGCGCGCUGUUGCUCGAACGACCUCUGCAACAACCAUUGUGGCGACGCCCGUGAUCUCUCUCUUGCAACCAUAUCGGUGCCAAUAGGAACCACAACGACGGCUGUUCCUUUGGCGUCGGCAAAUAUCGAAAACUCGGUUUUACACUGCUAUAGUUGCGAUCUUAUGUUUGAUGUAAAGCAGUGCGAGCACGUUGUAGAAUGCCAACAGGGAUAUAUGUGUUUGAUCCAUAGCACACAAGUCAACAGUUUGCAUGGCGGUUUUCAAUAUAAAGCCGGCUGCGAAAAAGAAAAAGUUUGUCAAAUGACUGAAAUUCUAGCAAACUCAGGAUACAGUAAUUGUGCAAAAUGUUGUAAUACGGACAAGUGCAAUAACGAAUGUAACGUGACCUUAACAACACCAAUAACAACAACGGCGCCAAGCGUCGCCGAAACGCAAACCACAGCGACUACAACAAUUGAAGCAACAACAGUAUCUUCAUCACCGAUAAGCUCGACAACAAGAACAAGUGCGGUACCAACAGAUACAACACAAACACCGCAUACAACAGCAACAACAGAAACAAUGCCGACUAUAACACCGUCAACAACGACACCGCCAACAACAUCACCGACUACAACAACAUCGACACAAACAAUACCAACAACAAUAACAGCACAGACAACAACGGUCCCGACAAUAACGACACCGACAACAACACCGACAACAACAACAACAACAUCCCAGACAACACCCCAGACAACACCAACACAGACAACACCAGCUACGACAGCAACAACAACCCCAACAACAACAUCAUCAACAACAACACCAAUAACACCAACGCCAAUACCAACCACACCUUUAAUAACUAAUGCAGUAUAUCCAACAACACAAGAUGUUACUCCACCACUAACACAGACACCAAAAACUACCACACUAACAACGCCGACACCAUCAGCAACAAUACCGACAGUGAUACCAGUAUCAACGACAGAUAUCACCAUGUUCACUACAACAACGACAACAGGAACCAGUGUUCCGGUACUUCAAUGCUACAGUUGCGAUUAUAUGGAUGAUCCGAUGAGUUGCAGACAUUCAAUCACGUGUUUGCCGGGAUAUUUGUGUUUAAUUCGAAGCACCAACUUUAACACAAUUCAUGGGGGCUAUCAGUUCAAGGCCAGUUGCGAAAAUGAUAGGUUAUGCAAGACAGCGGCGACACUUUCACUGAGCGGGCACACUAAUUGUGCCAAAUGUUGUGACACCGACAACUGCAAUAAUGAAUGCACCAUAGAGAUAGAAACAACAAUACAAACUACCACAAUACAAACAACAACAUAUAUUACAACACCAACAGUAAUCCAGACAUCAUCAGCAACUACACAAACAACCACAGCAGCACCACCAACACCAGCGCAAUCAACUACACCAACAUCAACAGUCGCAACUCCAUCAGCAACCACUACAACAAUGUUUUUAACAUCAACCCCACAAACUGUAACAACUUCGUUGACAGCACCCACAAUAUCUAAGACAACAAAAGCACCAACAACUACAUUACCAUCUUUAUCGACACAACCCAACACAUCCACAACGACAACAACAUCAGCAACAUCAGCGUCAAUACCAUCAACUACAAUACAAACAACAACAACGACGACGACAGCGAGAACACAAGCAACAAGUGAAACUACAACUGUUUCGCAUCAUCCAACGACACCGGACGGACAUUUGCACUGCUACGCAUGCGCAAACAUGGCGACGCCACAAGACUGCAGGCACGUGACUAUUUGUUCGGAAGACGAGGUUUGCUUUUUAUACGAGACCGCGAAUCAGCACGGUGUAUUGUUCCACUCAAGAUGUAAUAGGAAACAGGUCUGCAACGUAUUAUCGCAAGCUCCGCCCAUGCACAACCCAAACACUGGUCAGGAACUUUGUCACACCUGCUGUUCCUCAAACCUCUGCAACACCCACUGCGAUUUCUCGCACGCGCCGACCACUCCACUGGCACCGACUCGACCCCCGAUGACAACCACGACACCUCCUGAUAAUACUUUAAGCACAACUCUCACGCGCGAGGAGUGCGAAAAACACGGAUACGUUUUCCUCCCUUACAUCGACCUUUGUUUCAAGCUGCAUUUUUCCAAUUUGACCUGGAACGAAGCGAAGCACGUGUGUCUUGUGGAAGGGGCGAAGUUAGCCGUUGUCGACAACGAUGCAAAAUUUAGCGUGCUUCAGUCCAUGCUAGCAUAUGAGAAAGAAUAUAACAACCGCGUGGUGUUCAUAGGUGGCAGUGACGUAUACAACAAUGGCGGUUACGUCUGGGAAAAUGGCGCGCAACUGACGUCAGACUAUUUACACAACAAAGGGAUUUCCCAAGUAAAAAAUAGCAGAUGCCUGGCAUUUGCAUCAUCAAAUCAUUUCGCGUUUUCUCUGGAAGACUGCCAAAUGCACAAUCCGUUUAUUUGUACAAAACCCUAAUAAAACGUUUGCAAUUUAA